AUGUCUUCCUUCACUGUUCUGUUGCUCUGCAUCCAAGCUUGCUUGGUCCAGAAUGUGUUCAGCCAGUGUCUCGGCGCAUACGCACCUGCCACCAUCAUCGCCCCCGCCGCUCUCUCCGCCGCCGCUCCCUGCGGCUCCGGCCUUGGCUACGGCGCUGGUCUGGCUGGCUCCUACGGAUUGGCUUCUGGUUUGGGUUAUGACGGACUCGCCUACCCUGGCGCUGCCGGUUACGGCUCUGGAGUCGCCGCGUACGGCGGCGCCGGUGAAGGCAACGUGGCGGUCGCUGGUGAGCUGCCAGUCGCCGGUAACACCGCUCUGUAUGGACAGGUGCCCAUCAUGGGCGCUGUGAGCUUCGGCGGUGCUGUCCCGGCUGCUGGUGCCGUAUCUAUCUCCGGCCAAUGUGCUUGCGGCUGCAACACCCCCUACAACACCUACCUGUACUGA